GUCAAGUUGUGCGCUCAGCGACCUCAAGGGCAUCGCGAGGUGCUGAUUCCAUCCAGAUAACCAGUAAAGAUGGGUAACCCUAUAAAAAUGGAGAUCGACUUAACUACUCAAGUGUCGGAAGCUGCAAACAUUGAUCGGACUCUAGUCAGCCGUGUAAUUCCAAUGUUCGAGAAUGGCUAUACUGUGCCAUUUAUUGCACGCUAUCGAAAAGAAGUAACUGGGGGUGCGGAACCAACUGUGUUACAUAGACUGAAGGAAAAGAUGAACGACUGCAAAGUGCUUGUUGAUAAAAUCGAGAAGUCACUCCAGUUUUUUGAUAAAAAUGGAUUAUUAACCAAUGAAUUAUCGCAACAGUUGAUGAAAUGCAAAACAACUGAAGAUAUUAAGCUCCUGACAGAUCCCUUCAAGUCUAAGGGUCCGCGCACUCUCGCAGGUCGAGCAAAAGCUGUCAAUCUGGAACCUCUUGCUUUGGAUAUACUUCAUUCAAAUAAGUUUGUUGAUAUAUAUGGUCAGGCACCUCCAGAAGCCAAAAAGCUUAUGGGGAUGUUUUGGCUUAACAAAUUUUUUUGUUUCACGGCGACAAACCGUUGAUGCCUUCGAAUAGAG